AUGGGAGCUGUCAAAUCACCAGAUGUAGAGCUCCGAAGCCUCCUCAAUUUUUUGGUGGUAUUAGUGGAGGGGUGGCAUGAUUUAGAUAACAAAGACUAUGACUGUUGGCCCCUGGAAAAGCCAGAUGAGUAUAACAUGCUGGACUGCGGAGGGCUGGAGAUGACAUGGGUGCAAAGGCCUCCAGAAAAGGCGGUGAGUGGGGAAUCCUUCAAUGUGACCUAUGCCUUCUUUGCUUCAGACAGUUUUUAUCAAUAUGCUGUGCAAAAUGGAGUACUUUCCCACAGGCUGACCCAAAUAUACCUGAGCAAUGCUACUGCUGCAAAGGAAUUCUGUGAGGAUCAUGACUGUCCUGCCAGAUGGAAAGAUGCAAAUGGGGACAACUGCUGUGUCUACUAUGCCAAUAUACAUUCCUGUCCUUUGGCCUUCAUGGCUAAAGGAGGAAUAUGUGGUCCAUGGAUCCCAGAUGAUGGUCGGAUAUUUACUCACACUUUGUCUACUGCUGGCAAAAUGAGCCAAAGGAACUGGACUGCCAAAGUUGUUUUAGUUCAUGUGGGUGUGACAUCUCUCAUCGCACACAUCAGAGUUGGGAGAAUCCAAGCUGCUCUGGAAGCAAAAACCACAGUCCUUCCUGCAAGAGUCUGUGGAGAUGGCUUUUGUGAGGAAGAAGAAGGCUGCUCUAUCUGUCCAGCAGACUGUGGGGAAUGCCCUCUUUCUGUUGAUGUUAGGAUAGCAAUUGCCUUACCAAUAUGUUUAGUCUGCACUGGCUUCACUUUGACAGUCGUGUGGUUUCAAUAUCAGAAGCAAAAGAUGCUUUGGGAUGAAAGCUGGAUUAUAGACUUCACCUGCAUCAAACAAGAUUGCAUUAUACAGACAGCAACAGGAAGCAUGAUGAGUGCUCCCCCAGCACUCAGUGACUCCAGUGUCAGUUGUGUUACUGCUCUGAGCUCCUGCACAGCAGCUGCCAACGUGUCCAGGAGGAAAUACUUCACCCAGACUGGGAGAUAUGAUGGUAGAACAGUGGCCAUAAAAAAAAUAAUGAAGAAGGCAUUCACACUGUCUAAAACCAUACGUAAAGAAGUAAAGCAAGUAAGGGAACUUGACCAUCCCAAUCUCUGCAAAUUCAUUGGAGGAUGUAUAGAAGUUCCAAAUGUUGCCAUUGUCACAGAGUACUGCCCCAAAGGCAGCCUGAAUGAUGUGCUCCUCAAUGAAGAUAUUCCUUUGAACUGGGGUUUCAGGUUUUCUUUUGCUACUGAUAUUGCUCAAGGAAUGGCCUAUCUCCACCACCACAAAAUGUAUCAUGGACAGUUGAAGUCUAAUAACUGUGUGAUCGAUGACCGGUGGGUUUGUAAAAUUGCAGAUUAUGGCUUGCAGUCAUACAGAAAAGAAGAUUUUCCUGAUGGAUCAAAUUCAUCCCAGCAGCAUUUGAUACAGAUUUACACAGCUCCAGAAAUACGUGCUCCUUCAGAUUUUGAACCCAAUUCUAUGUCUGAUGUCUACAGUUACGCUAUCAUUUUACUAGAAAUUGCCACAAGAAGUGACCCUCUAAAAGAUGAUGUGCAUUCAGCUGAAUAUUCUUGGUGCCCACCUUUGGCAGAAUUAAUUUCAGGAAAGGCUGAGAAUUCUUGCCCAUGUCCCACAGAUUAUGUAGAGUUAAUUGAAAGGUGUAGAAAAAAUAAUCCAUCCCAAAGGCCUACGUUUGAACAAGUCAAGAAAAUGUUGUACAAGAUGAAUCCUGUUAGCCCUGUUGACAUGAUGAUGACUCUGAUGGAGAAAUAUAACAAACAUCUGGAGAUACUGGUUGCUGAGAGAACCCAGGAUUUAAUGCAUGAAAAACAGAAGACUGAUCGUCUGUUGUAUAGUAUGUUGCCAAAACAAGUAGCAGAUGAUCUCAGGCAGGGAAAACAGACACAAGCUCAAAGUUACUCAAGUGCCACCAUCUUCUUCAGUGACAUUGUUGGCUUCACUGAGCUGUCCAGCAGCAGCACACCAUACCAAGUGGUAGAUCUCUUGAACAAGCUUUAUACCACUUUUGAUGAAAUCAUAGAUAACUAUGAUGUCUAUAAGGUGGAGACAAUAGGAGAUGCCUAUAUGGUGGUGUCAGGAGUACCCAAGGAGAAUGGGAUUCUUCAUGCUGGUGAGAUUGCAAGCAUGGCUUUAGACCUUCUGGAUGUCUGCAGGACUUUAAAGAUCCCACACAAGCCUAACACCCUUCUAAAGAUAAGAGCAGGAAUACAUUCAGGGGCAGUUGUAGCUGGAGUUGUUGGAACCAAAAUGCCACAGUACUGUUUAUUUGGAGAUACUGUGAACACAGCUUCCAGGAUGGAAUCUACCAGUGAAGCUCUUAAAAUACAGUGUAGUUCAAGUGCAUACCAGCUGUUGGAGCAGAUUGGAGAGUAUGUGUUAGUAUGCCGUGGGAAUUUACAAGUCAAGGGGAAAGGAGACAUGGUCACAUACUGGCUUGAAGGUAAGAAAGCUUCUGUCACCCAGAAGGCAGUCACCAGCACUUCUGUGACUCCUCAAGAUGCCAACAGAGUUUCAUAUAGUCUGAUACCAGGUGUUCUUCCUAGUGAUCCUCUCUGA